AUGUACAAGUUUUCUUGUGUCUGCCAGAACUAUAAUGGAUUCCUUUGCAUAUCAGAGAAUGAUUUUUACUUUACUUCUUCAUUAUUUAGGGUAAACUUGAAGUGGUCUAACGUCAAGAGCAUUUCGCUGGAUACCAAGUACAUAAAAAACAGCGCAACCAGCGUGCUCGUCAUUAAACUGCAUCGGCUACCCGUUUCCAUUCAAGAUGAUGCCGAAAUUAUGAAGAAACGGAGAUCAUCAAAGACAUAUAUUUUCUACGGCUUUCAUGAUCUUCUUGGUGUGGAAGAGCACAUUAAACAUUACUGGAAGACUUCCAGGAGUAUGAGUCAAAAUUCGUUUAUACCUGAAAAAGGUGAAGAAGACAGCAAAGAGUUCAAGGAUGAUCUUACUUCUGAUAGAAAAAGUAAUAUGCUACCACCUCCUCAGGCUGACAAACCUCAGAGUCUUUCUUCAGUUAAGCAAGUAAGGCAUAAUUCAAUGUCCAAGGUGCCCACCCUCACCGCAUAUCCAGCGUCUGAUAGGCGGCCGUCGCCAUUCACGACAAAGCAAAUUUCACCCGUCCAACUAAAUAACUCCUCACAGGAUCUGGCAGAAAAGGUGUCCAGACGACCAAAUCAAAAAAUUUCCGCCGUACUUUACAAUUAUAUGAUCGUUUUAUUGUCGAGGCCAUCUCUCAUUUUAUACAUGCUGAUUUUGUUUCUGGUUUUGAUCGUGGGGGUUCACAUGUUUAUUUCUACCGGACGCACUGUGCACAAUCCAUUUUUAGAAACGUGGCGCCUGUUUGAGGAACUGGAGAUGGCUAAGGAAAACUACAAGAAAUUCAACAUGCAUACUAGCACUCGUGUUCCCCAACAACCCCAUGGGGAUGCAUUUUUCCCGUUGAAAGACAGCAGCACGUGGUUAAAAUCGUUAGACAAGGCUGUGGAAGAACUACUCCGCAAGUAUGUUGAUUUGCAGUUAGAGAUGAUCGAUCUAAGGCAGGGGCAUAUGGAACGUUCACUUUCACUCCCGAGUAGCGCAGAAUCUAAGGCAUCAUUUGAUUCGAAGCGAUUUUACGCGGCAGAUUCAUCCGUGUUUUUUAAUCGAGGUGCAGCUCGUGUGGAAUUAGUGCCAAGGACGGCCCACGAAUCUAAAGAACCUGUUCAACACUUCAUGUUUACUCGCGUUAUAGGAAUUCCCCGUACUUUGUGUUCAACCUUUUUAGGAGUCUUUCGCGUUUUUGCCUUCUUUAGUACACACCAAGGAGGUUACCUCGAACGGGAAGGGGAUUCAUGUGCAUUAAAAGGACGUGUGAGGUAUACCGAGACAUUUCUUAAUGACUACGAAAUCGCGCAAUACGUCACACUAGAUGAGGCGAAUGAAAGAAGGCAGUGCCUUCGAAUUUCAAAUGAACUUCUCAAGGUCAGCAACCUAAUCGAAGAACUUUUUUCUCGGGUUAACUCUCUCCUCCUCUUGAAUAGGGACUAUGAGGGCUAUCUUUAUAGCGCGGGCAAAUCGCAACAGUGGAAUAGCGGUGGUGCCACUGAUAGCAUACAUGAGUCAUAUGAUAUGAAACGCGCACUUUUGAACCCUCAUUUUACAACGGAUGACGUUCUGCAUGUUACUUUUUUGCGGCGAUAUGCAGACAUCGUUCUGUUCCUUAAUCCUCUAGAGUCAAGUGAGUACAAAAGACGAGAGGAUGCUGCUGCCGCUGCACAUAAAGCUAUGCUGUUCAAAGAGCUAAAGGUAAAGCACUUGAGCGGCGUGAAUCAUGCUGUUUUGGAUAUUGUGUCGUUGCUUUCGAACAUUUUUAUUGAUAGUCCUGCACAAUCAAGCGUAUCGAAUGCUGAAGAAGUUAUCAAUACGGCCCUAGGAACGUUUCGUAACCUCCUGGUGGAACUGCAAGUUUGGGAUAACCACCAAGACCUUUGGGAUCUCCAUCUAAUGGCUUCUCUUACUGAAGAACAGAGGAAACAAUUCUUGAAGGCAUUCCAUUCAGCACGCUCGUGCACGCAGAGUAGGGGUAGCUACGCAUCAGGAUUAUCAUCAGACUAUCUAGACAAUCUUUUUGCGUCUGCUGCGAAUCUUUCCGAGUGGCGGUAUCUCCCAAUUUUCAAAGGGCAGCUGUGCUUUUCAAGGAGACCAAAAUUGUGGCCUACCGUGGAGCACAAGCUUCUCCAAUGCAACGUCUCAACGACAUUGCCUCGCGAGUCCUGGUUGAAUGCUAUGCCAUCAACGAGCUACACUCAACACAACUUUAAUCAAUUCGAUGAGGACUUGCCCGCCGACGAAGUGGUUUUUAAGGACGAUGAGUUUGUUCUACCAGUGCAAGAUAUCACUUUCAAGGAUGCAUGUCGCAACAUUUAUGAUCCAGAUCAUGUUGAUGCAGCUGUAGUCAUUGUGAAGGAAAGGUGGUUGGAUGAACUAGCCGCAUUCCCUACGCUUUUCAAGGUCGACCCGGUUGACUCCCCACAUACUAGGCGCUUUGUGUAUAUGGAUGAUGAUUCUUACGCAUCUCGGGAACUUUCCGCCUUGUCGAUGCGUUUAUUCAAUAUUUUUGAUCGAAUUAGCUACUGGUAUAUUAUGCCGUUAUAUCAAAGUCGAAGCCUUUUUAAAUGGCUGUCGUUUCCCUCUUGGGCAAUCAGAUCGCUUUUUGGAAGCUCAUACAGGAGACACGUGGAGGCUGCAGACCCUUUUGUAGAGUUGAGCAAGGCGCAGAUUACAAAGAUUCCAUGGCGAAACAACAGUGACGUUCCUUUCAACAUGAUACGAAAUUUUCUUUUGCGCCCCCCCGGUCUUUUAGAGGCUAAAAUGCAAUGCGAGAGGCAAGUUAUCAUUAACUGGUCUGGUGUGAUAAUUGGUGUGGUUGCGGUUUAUGCUGCCCUUUGUUUUUUCUAA